UAUAAGUCUGGGUGAGUCUGGGAAUGACUCGCAGUAAAACCGAGUGGGAAAAUCCAUUGAUGUAAAUAGCGUUGAUGUUGCCUUGAAAAUGUCUUCCAAAUUGGUUCGUAAAGGCCUUGAUCUUGUGAUUGGGGAAGGAACAUCCAGAUCUCAAAAACUGAAGUUAACACAGAAGGGAAAACAACCCGCUAAGAAGCAGAAAAGAACUUCCAGAGGAAACAAUCAGAAACAAUCAGGCGCACGCGAAAUAAAAGGCUUGCAGUUAUCAUCAGGCCAGAAAAGAAAGAUACAAGAGGUUGACUUUACGGAGGAAAACUUAGAAUACUUCAAGAAUGCUACAUGGAAGAUCAAGAAAGACACUUACAACAAGAUAUUAGAAAGGCAAAGUAAACUCCAAAGGAUUAAAAUAAAAGAUGAAAAAGUUGAAGACUCGGAUACUGAAGAAACAGGAGGAUUGUUUGACGACUGAAUGAAAACAGUACCAUUUGAAUAUCUCGAUUCUACAAUCUCUAAGUCUCUGCAGAAGACAAACUUGUCAGAACUUUUUGGUCGUCGAUGAUCUUGACUUCUCAGCAUCGCGGAAAGUGAACAUUUUCAACGCGCAAGCUGGUUUUGAUUGGUUAACAAGCAUCGGUCGCGUGGAAACGUGAAGGGAAAGAUCUCGUAGAAAUUGUCGACGCUCAUACUAAUUUUUUGAUUAGACAAGAAGCUUUAGGAACUCUUCGGUAGAUUCAACCGAGAAAUGCUGAGCAAGGAUCUUGUUGGCUGGUAAGAAUUCCGACGAAGAUUCUUUUUGUAUGUAGAAGUUGUUUUGUCGUGGCCUUUGACACAAUUCUUUCUUUCUUCUUUGCUGCGUAAUUACCGGUGGAGUACUUUCAAGAAGUCACGGUUAUUUAAUGUUUUCGUUUGGAGCUUUACCACUUUACGCUUUAGCGCUUUAGCGCUUUACGCUUUACCGAGCGACUUCUCCCCAACAUCAAACGUAAUCUGGCUGUCCUCCUGUCAUCUCUCGUGCUUGAGCGGUGAGACCGGAAAUUGCGUGUGUAUUUACAUUAAGAAAUGAAGCCCGCGGGUUUUCAUUUGCCUCGGACGGUGUCCGAAUGUUAGCCGGGUUAAUUUGUUCCCGCGAAGUGUGAAUACUAUUAACCCUAUGCUCGCGAUAUUGUUGGAGUUCUAGAGAGUUUUCCGUUGAGGACCAAGAUGGGCGCUUUGAAUAACUCUGUUGUGGCCGAUCAGUUUUGGAUUUCCGUCCUCGCCUUCUCGCUUCAGGGCUGUAGCAUGUUGUUACGGUAACCUGGUCGGUAACGAGAAUUUCUUCAGUUAGCUGCAAAGAAAAGAAAUAAAACAAACAUCGGUGGAGAGCUGUCAGACAUAAUGAAGGGGACAACGCAUAGCCAAUAAAGGGGAAAAAAAAAACACUGUGCUUAAGUCCGCGUAGCUUUUUUGUAGCUUGACGUACUAUUAAGUGGUGUAAUAAAAUGCUUUCGGAAGCGUGACAUCUUUCCAUCAUUUAAUCGUCAACUGACCAACCUCCCUCUGGUGACCAACUCACGAUUAGGUUUUUGCAUCUGAUUAGACGAGAGGGUGACAGGAGUUUUUAGACCAAUCACAUUCAGAGGUACAGCAACCACGUGAUUGAGCGCUUCUCGAUUGAGUGUCAUAAAACUAAAACCUGAGUAAUCACAAUGGCCAAUCAGAAGAAAGGAAAAACCUCUAGGAACCAAUGAGAACUCAAAGGAAAACAACCAAAUUGUCUAAAGCGCAGGAAAACGCGGGUGAACAAGUCUUGCAUCUGAUUUGUUGAGAGAGAAGGUCAAGUUUGCUGGACCAAUCACUGAGCAAAGUAAGGCAAUACUAAAGCAAUUCCGGACUUCUUCUGACACUCAUCUGAAAACUGCUCUAUUCGAUACUCAAGCGAAAGUUGUUCUUCUCAAAUUUUAGAGUGCAAACUAUCUUUCCAGCGACGUUCAAUCCCGAACACAAAUCACCUUCAACAACCGCGCACAGGCCUAUGAUAAUAAGGUGGUACCACCAGCAGUAUCUCGAGAUUUUCGUACCUUUAGAAAUUUCCGAAGUUCCUUUUCAACUGCUGUAUGUCCAUUAGCUGUUGCUAUCUGUAUUAAAAGGAAAGACACUCAAAUCCUC